UGUUCUUUGCUUUCAAACAACGUUCCCAUGAUUUAUUGCUCGACUAUUCUAUCAGAACCUUCUAUCUUACUAGACGACUUGCUCUAAGCAUGCCAGGCACGAAAUUCUCUCACCCCGACUCCUAUCAGUACCUUACCGGGUUCGGGUCAUACCACGAAACGGAAGCAAUCGAAGGGGCUCUCCCUGUCGGACAAAAUUCUCCCCAGAAGGCUCCGUACGGCCUGUAUGCGGAAAAGCUGUCCGGAACCGCCUUCACGGCGCCACGACACGAAAACAGCCAGACAUGGGUGUACCGUAUCCUGCCUGCGGCAGCGCACCAGAACUUUGUGGCGGAAGAUGCAAGCUCGUACCAUACGCGAAUGACCACCGAGGCAAGUAAAUUGCACCAUAUCCCCAACCAGUUGCGCUGGGACCCAUUUGACCUCGACGAGACGGUGGAUUGGGUCCACGGACUGCAUCUGGUUGCCGGGGCUGGGGACCCGACGAUGAAGAGCGGGCUGGGUAUCCUGCUCUACGCUGCAGGAAAAGACAUGGGUUCGGAAGCGUUUUACUCGGCUGAUGGCGACUUUUUGAUUGUACCGCAACACGGGGUGUUGGAUAUCCAGACCGAGCUGGGGAAGCUCGUUGUACGCCCAAAUGAGAUCUGCGUGAUCCCGCGUGGUGUGAGAUACCGUGUUACUCUCCCCGCGGGUCCCGUCAGAGGUUAUAUCUGUGAGCUCUACCAGGGUCACUUUCAACUUCCCGAGCUGGGUCCCAUCGGAUCCAAUGGUCUGGCAAACGCACGGGAUUUCAAAGCCCCUGUGGCAGCCUUUGACGACGAUGAAGGAAUCCCAUCAGAGCAUACUCUCUACAGCAAGUUCAAUAACAACCUCUUCUCUGCGAAACAGAAUCACACGCCCUUCGAUGUCGUGGCCUGGCACGGCAACUAUUAUCCCUACAAGUACGAUCUAGGCCGUUUCAACACCGUUGGCAGCAUCUCCUUUGAUCACCCGGAUCCCUCUAUUUUCACGGUCCUCACUGGUCCAUCCGAUCACGUUGGGACGGCCAUCGCCGACUUUGUCAUCUUCCCUCCUCGCUGGCUCGUCGCCGAGGGCACCUUCCGCCCGCCCUGGUACCAUCGCAACACCAUGUCAGAGUUCAUGGGUUUGAUCACAGGGAACUAUGAUGCAAAGACCGGCGGCGGGUUCCAGCCGGCCGGUGCUAGUCUACACAAUGUGAUGAGUGCCCAUGGCCCGGACUCGGAUGCGUUCGAAGGCGCCAGCAACGCCGAAUUGAAACCACAGAAAGUCGGCGAUGGCAGUCUAGCUUUUAUGUUUGAGAGUUGCCUCAUGGUCGGCGUGUCCGAAUGGGGUCUCAAGACCUGCCAGAAGGUACAGGAGGAAUACAACGAGCAUAGCUGGCGGCCUCUCAAGCGCCAUUUCAAAAGACCAUAGUUAUAUGGAUGUUAUAGCAACAAUCUAAUAAUAGCGUAGUUAUACUUGAUGAGAUCUAUAUAUUUAUAUUUAUAUGUAUAGAGUACACCUAGUAAUAACUUUGAAUCUCCUCCUUCAAGGCCUCCUUCACAAUCGCCCCGCACAUCUUCGCAUACGGAUUCGUCUGCACAGCCAACUGCUGGGCGAUCUUAUUCCCAUAUCGGCCCCCGAAGAAGAAAUCCCUGCUCGCCAUCUCUUCGAGGGUAUCGGCCCCUACGCUCUGGAGCUUUGCUGGACAAACCCGCCUCGUAUCACUGAAGGGCAUCCGUUUGGUCUUUGCAGCUUUGAGAAGUAGGUAUCCCCGGUGGGUAUGGGAAUCUGCCAGGAGCCGUGCCUGGAGAGGAGAGAGGGGGUCGGCAGGUUUGGGUGUUGCGAGGGAAAUCACCUCGCCUAGAUCGGCGAACAAGCAGGAAAUAACAUCUGAAAGAUCGGUUUCUUCUUUUCCUUC